AUGUUCUCGCGCCUCUCCCAGCUUGCCCGACACCUAUCUCGCCCUCUUCCCAACUACGCCCAUCGCUCCGCAGCGGCGUCCUCUUCCUCUUCGUCUUCUUCGUCCUCCUUGUUCUCGAACAUGACAUCAUCAUCAACCUCCAAUGCCGAGGGAACUACUGUGUCCUCAGGACCCUCGAAGCCCUUGAUCUCUACGGCGGGAUGUAUAAUCAUUGGAGAUGAGGUGCUGGGUGGAAAGACGGUAGACACGAACUCGACCUAUUUCGCUCGCUGGUGUUUCUCGCUCGGCAUGCAACUCAAGCGAAUCGAAGUAAUCCCCGACGACGAGGACGACAUCGUGGAGGCGGCGCGGCGCAUGUCCAAAAACUAUGAUUUUGUGGUGACGAGUGGUGGCAUUGGUCCUACACACGACGACAUCACCUACCAAUCCAUUGCCAAAGCCUUCGGCCUAGAACUCAAAAUGCACGACAAGACGGUGGAGAAGAUGAAAAAGUUCUCGCGCCCGCACCCGUCCCAACCGAAUUUCUCCUGGGACACGCCUUCACCCGCCCUCACCGCCAAGUUGCGCAUGGCUCAACUCCCGCACGACCCCAACAUCCCCGACGAGGAUCAGGUGCUGUUUGUCAAGGAUGACCUCUGGGUGCCCGUGUCGGUGGUGAACGGGAAUGUGCAUAUCUUACCUGGCGUCCCCAGGCUUUUCGAGACCAUUUUGGACGGACUGAAGCCGCGAGUCCUGCCCCGCUUGAAGGACCCCCAAGGAAGGGGCAUGUAUCGAAUGCUCUUCAGUACCCCCCUGCCCGAAAGCGAGGUGGCCGACUAUCUUACUCAGCUAGCUGCAAAGGUGGAACCAAAGGGUGUCAAGGUCGGCAGCUAUCCUCGUUGGGGCAAAAAGAGGAAUGUUGUUACCUUGGUGGGCAGCGAUCGAGAGUUCAUGGACAGUUUGGAAGCCGAGGUCGCUCAAGGCGUCAAAGGAAAGAGGGUGCAAGUGGAAGGGGAGGACGACACUGACAAUGAGACUGAUGUCAAAAAGGACAAGGAUAGUUGA